AAAGAGAAGAUGGCCCGGAAUUGUUAAACCAGACAGCCCCAAGAGGAAAAGCCGACAAAAGCUCAGAGUCCAAAACCAUGAAUCCUUUCCUCUCCUCUGUUUUAGGGAUUACAGGGAACUGAAAUCUGCCAUUUUUUUUUUUGGUUGUCCCUUCAAUUCUACCUCUUUCGUCGUUAUAACGCCCUUCCAAACGGUUGAAACACCGAUCUUCCUUACUGGGUUUCUGUCAGAUCGGUGACAAAGGAUAAGUUACCUCCAUUACUUAUAAGAUGUCUAAAGCUCAAGAUCCAUUUUACAUCGUCAAAGAAGAGAUUCAAGAUUCUAUCGAUAAAUUGCAAUUAAGUUUUCACCAAUGGGAAAGGAUUCCUCCGACACUGGAGAGCAAGUACAUCUCACAAAAGAGCUGCUUGCUAAUUGUGAGAGCGUUGAAUGGCAGGAAGGUAGAUGAAUUGGACAAAACAAUUUCUGUGGCAGCUAGAGAUCCUUCUUGGUACGGCAUUGAUGAAGUGGAACUUGAAAAGCGGAGAAGAUGGACCAGCACUGCCCGUACUCAGGUGGGCAAUAUAAAGAAAGCUGUAGUAGCUGGAAAAGAGAAUGGUAAUACUGCAAGUGCUAUGCGCCGAGAAUUAAUGAGACUGCCAAAUUCUCAUCAGCCAGAUAGAUCCAACCAGUAUAGUGCAGAAGAUAAUGAUGACUUUAUAGCAUCAGAAUCAGAUAGACAAAUGCUUCUUAUCAAGCAGCAAGAUGAGGAGUUGGAUGAGCUCAGUGCUAGUGUUGAGAGAAUAGGAGGUGUUGGGCUUACCAUACAUGAAGAACUUCUUGCACAGGAGAAGAUAAUAGAUGAGUUGGGUACUGAAAUGGACAGCACAACAAACCGGCUGGAUUUUGUUCAGAAAAAAGUGGCUAUGGUUAUGAAGAAGGCCAGUGCUAAGGGACAGAUUAUGAUGAUAUUAUUUUUGCUAGUUUUGUUCAUUAUUCUAUUCAUUCUGGUGUUCUUCACCUAGAAUGGAGAGUAGGCCUAGUUUUAUGAUGUUCAUACACUAGAGGAGGGAUCUAAAUAUUUGGAAUACAGAGGAAUUGGUUGGUGUGAUCUCUAGUGUUGAAUAAAAGAUGAUCUGAAAAUGCUGAACAAAAGAAAAAAAAAAUUCUCUUCUCUGGGUUUCCAAAAAUUGUCGAACUUGAUUAGCACUACUACGCAAGAUAGCCGUAUAUUAUUCUUACUGUGUACUUCUUUGCAAUGUGCUGUUUCUUCUGUAAUUGUUGUUGUUUAGAUACUAAAGGCUUGCAAUACAUGGUAUGCAUCGAGUUCUUUUGCUA